AUGAACCUGCCGCUGCUUCUGCUCUGUGUUCUCCUGGAGCUCCUCGUGGUGAGCUGUCAGGAUGUGAUGCAGAGUCGUAUCGUGGGUGGAUACGUCCCAGCGCCGUACUCUAUCAGAUACAUCGUUUCCAUUCAGAGCGCCACGGGCCAGCACUUCUGUGGCGGGACCUUGAUUAACAAAUACUGGAUCCUGACCGCAGCACACUGCAAUAUAGGGGCGGCAAACAUGAGGAUCGUGGCUGGAGACUUUUCUGUGGGAUUAUAUGAGGGGACGGAGCAGUUCCGCAGGCCUCAUGUUUUAAUACCUCACCCACAGUACAACAGAGCCACCAAUAACGCAGACAUCAUGCUCAUUAAGCUGCAGUCUCCCGUCUAUGUGAACAGCUUUGUGUCUCUGGCGCCGCUGCCUCGGCAGGACGCUAUGGUGUCCGUGGGUCGCUUGUGCACUGUGUCCGGCUGGGGCUUCACCACUCCAAUGGGAGGAAUCCCUGACACCCUGCGCACGGUCAAGUUGCCCAUCGUGUCCAGCACAGUGUGCAAUGCCACGGACUCGUUUAAUGGAAACAUCACAGAGAAUAUGAUCUGUGCAGGAUACAGCGAAGGAGGGAAAGACGCAUGUAAGGGGGAUUCUGGAGGGCCGCUGGUGUGUGAGGGCCGUGUUUAUGGCAUCGUCUCCUGGGGCAAUGGCUGUGCUGAUGCCCGGUACCCCGGCGUCUACACAUCCGUCUCCAGGUUUCGUCAAUGGAUCGAUGGAACUAUAUUUGGCUUUUAUGGAAGGUGCCUCAAGUAUUAGACUGCAGUGUUACCCCAGCACUCCCCUAAUCGAACUUGAAACGGCCUCGAAACAUGCCAACACGAAUACUGUUGCUACUUUCUUCUAAUUGAAAAGUUAGGACUGUUGAUGAUUUCCAGACGAGUACAGCACUGCUCUGAAGCAGCACAUCUGUUCCUCAACAGCUGGUAGACCUUUUUUAAACACUGUAGUUUGUAGCAAACUGUUCCUUAAAUGUGCCAUAUUGCUGCUUCCCCACAACGUCAGAGAGAAAACUAACAAUAGAAAGCUGAAGGAAUAUUUAAAAAUAAAAACGCAACAAAUUACGAACA